AAAUAAUAAGAAAGAAGCGAGUACACUCUCAGUAAAGCUCGAAGCCAUCAAUGGAGAAAAACUCUUCAGUCGGUGCGAAGCCAUGGAGUCAUCAUCCUCUUCACCACCACCAUCAUCACUUUCAGAUAGUACAUAAUUGUCCAUUACAUAGCUACAUGUUGCAGCGCAACAAACACGUACCGCCAUGCCCACUUUUUACUCCUUUUCCAUUGCCGCAAAACCCUGAACAAAUUACUCCGUCUUUACAGCCAGAAGUUAUGAAUAUGCAGAUUUCUGAGCCUAAUGUCAGUUUUAACGAUUCAGGAAUGAUGCAAAAUGAAGGUGAGAACUUUGAAUAUGAAGGUGAAAACUUUGAAUAUGAAGAUGAAGAAGAGGAGCCUAUUUUUGUCCUUACAGAUGAAUGGAGAGAUUUCUUUGCCAAAUCUGAAGCUAAAAGGAGACAAGCGAAAAAACAUGCUAAGAAGAAAGGGAAAAGUAAGAUCACAAAUGGGAACACAGCAGCAUUGGAGGAGUGACGAAUGAAACUGCUAUAUGUCCAGAAGAUAGGACCAGGAUAAACCCCUUUAGAUAGUUGUAACAAAAGGUCAAAUAUCUUGAUUCUAUAGCUCAAGAAAUGUGUCUUCGCUUGAGAAGAUGUUUUAACUAUUGAGUAUCACCUGGAGAAGGACUAUGAGCUGAUGUAAUAUGCAUUUUUCAAAUGUUAUCAUCAUUCUUAUCAUUUAUCAUCUACGCCUUAUAAUGAAUAUUUUCGUGACAUCCUUGUUGAAG